CUCUCAUCUUCCUCUCAUUCUCAUUUCCACCCACCCUCGCUCUGUUUUUUCUCUCUCCCCCUCCUCUCUCUCUCUCGGUCUCUCUUCCGCAGUUCAACACUUUCCAUCUUGCCUCUCUCAAGGCUACACGCACUGACGGCAGCAUGUCUAUUGUGAGCAUCGUUGCCAGGGAAAUCCUGGACUCUCGGGGAAACCCUACAGUGGAAGUGGACCUGAGAACUGAUAAAGGUCUGUUCAGAGCUGCAGUGCCCAGUGGAGCAUCUACAGGCAUCUAUGAGGCUCUUGAACUUAGAGAUGGAGACAAAAGCCGCUACAAAGGCAAAGGUGUACUAAAGGCUGUCGGUCACAUAAAUGAUACUCUUGGACCAGCCAUCAUUGCAUCUGGGAUCGAUGUGGUGGAGCAAGAGAAACUGGACAACCUCAUGAUUGAAAUGGACGGGACGGAGAACAAAUCCCAGUUUGGUGCUAAUGCCAUUCUGGGAGUGUCUCUUGCCAUCUGCAAAGCCGGUGCCGCAGAGAAAGGCGUCCCCCUGUACCGCCACAUUGCUGAUUUGGCAGGAAACACAGAACUGGUGCUGCCCGUUCCAGCUUUUAAUGUUAUUAAUGGAGGCUCCCAUGCUGGAAACAAACUUGCGAUGCAAGAGUUCAUGGUACUCCCUGUAGGGGCGGAGUCGUUCCGUGACGCGCUGCGUGUCGGAGCCGAGCUGUAUCAGACGCUGAAGGGUGUCAUUAAAGAGAAAUACGGCCAAGAUGCCACCAACGUUGGUGACGAGGGAGGUUUCGCUCCAAACAUCCUGGAAAACAGUGAAGCGUUGGAGUUGAUUAAGACGGCCAUUGAAAAAGCGGGUUUCACAGAUAAAGUCGUGAUCGGUAUGGACGUGGCUGCCUCCGAGUUCUACCGUGAUGGAAAGUACGACCUUGACUUUAAGUCGCCCCCAGAUCCCAGCAGACACAUUAGUGCAGAUGAGCUUUUAGAAAUCUACCAGACGUUUGUCAACGACUAUCCAGUGGUGUCCAUUGAGGACCCAUUUGACCAGGACGACUGGCCCGCUUGGACUAACAUGACAGGGUCCAUGGGGAUCCAGAUUGUUGGAGACGACCUGACCGUGACAAAUCCGAAAAGGAUAGAGAAGGCUGCAGAAGACCGUGCCUGUAACUGCCUACUGCUGAAGGUCAACCAGAUCGGCUCUGUCACAGAGGCUAUCCAGGCGUGUAAACUGGCCCAGGCCAACGGAUGGGGCGUGAUGGUCAGCCAUCGCUCAGGAGAGACAGAAGACACUUUUAUUGCUGAUCUAGUGGUGGGGCUUUGCACUGGACAGAUAAAGACAGGAGCUCCCUGCAGAUCCGAGCGCCUCGCCAAAUACAACCAACUUAUGAGGAUUGAAGAAGAACUGGGCGAUCAGGCUCGAUUUGCCGGGCACAACUUCAGAAACCCCAGCGCUCUGUGAGACUGACAACACAACACUGAAAUCACACAACAACAACAACAACGACUGACCACCCGCACUGAACUGACUGACUAACCCGACUUCCCCUGAGAUAACCCUGAAUGCAUUAAAACAGCACUGUUUGCACUGAUAUACAAAUAAUGACUUAAAAUACAAAUAAUGACCAAGACGCGCACAUAAAAAGUAAACUGAGGGCAGGCUUUGAAAGACCAAAUAUUAUGCACAGAGAUCCUCUUUAGACUGACAUUAUGCACAAAAGAUACUGAAUUAUGUUAAACCAUGUGCACAGGGUGAAUAUGCAUGCAUGACAUUAUACAGAUAUCAGACGGAUAAAAGAACCUUGAAUUUAUGGAAGCAUUAAUUUUAAGGUCUAAAAAGAGGUUUGAUAUAAAUUAAAAAAGAUAUUUAAUAUUAAAUGUAAACUAAGAUUAUGAAAUAUAUGUACAUAGAUUUAAAAGAAGACUUGUCAUUUUUAUGGUUCAUUGCAUGAGAACUAGGCAAAAAAUCUUGCUUUUGAAAAAUGGAAGGUAACAGUUUGGCAUACUUUAUUUCAGCACAUAAAUGAUAAAAACUUGUGCUGUGAUUAUUAAUAUUGAAAGACACAUUGCACAGUGCAAGUCUGUCAGCGGAUGAGGUUUAUGUUAUGUCUGUAAUUAAAUUGUAGUAAGUGAAUUAAAGCAUUAGUCUAUAAAACACUAAGUGCAUCAAGACUGCGAUAUUAAAAGCCCAAAUUCAGUACAGACCUAAUAAUAGGCUGCUAUAAGCAAGUACAUGAGCCCAGAAUAUAAACACAAGUUUCACAGUAGGUGUUUUCCCAUAAUAAAACAUUAUAAUGACACGGCAUGGGUAUAAGGCAUUAAGACGGUGAUGUACAGGCUAGCAGAUAAGACCAGAAUAUGAAAACGGCAUGCUUAAAUAUUUUUAAGCAUGCCGUUUCUUCAUAGGACAUUAUAAAAUACAUACAUUAUAAACGUCCAAGUGGAUUAAAUUAUGUUUUCAUCAUCUUACAGGUCAUAAAGUUUAUUGUAGACACUCUGGUUUUUCUGUUAUUUGGCCAAACAAAAUGGAUAAAAGAUAAAGCACUACGGACAAUCUAUAAGAUAGUAUUGUCUAUAUGACAUUAAUGAAUCUUGAAUAUUUAAACUUAAUGUGUAUAUAGAAACAAAGUUUAUAAUCAUUCUGUGUUGCUCAUUACAGUAAUCAAGUGCGUAUGCAUGAUCUUAUUUAUGCCAAGUUUAUUUUUUAUAAAAUAGUGCUUGCGCACAUUUUAAUACCCGUUUUGUGCGUACGGAUGCUUUAUAAAUUAGGCCUUAUUAAUGUUUUUAUCCAUAAACAUGCUUUUUAAAUGUUUAACAGACAACAAGUAUGAAGGAAUAAACCAACAAAAACCAGAAGAUAAAUCUAAUAACGACCGUUCAGAUUUUGCACUGAUUUUCAUGCAAUGACUCUUAAAAGUAACUUUUAGUUUUUAUUCUACUUUGGAUGUUCCUCUUAAAUGUGAUUAUCUUAACUUUAAGAUGAAUUAUCUACAUCCAGUUGUGAAACGAAAUGAGAAUAAGACAGAUUGUGGGUGCACAAAUAUAUAUUCAUAAGAAACGCUGAAGAUUAUUCAUUAUGACAGAUCUCAUUUAAGAACUAGACUGACAAACCAGCUUACACAAACACACACAUUAACAUUUGUGUAGCACACGAUGACUCCUCUUCUGUCUUCUUCGUUCUUGUAUUGCUUCUUUUCUAAUCGUUUUCUGUCCGCACCCCCAUCAUCCCUCUUCCCUUCUUGUGGUUGACUUGGCUUGUGCCCCAUUGCCUGAAAUCUCCCCCCUGCCCACUCAUCAUUUUAUCUAUUUGUGCGAUCUUUGUGAUGAAAAUGCAACAAGAUGGAAAAAAUAAAUAACUGACAAGCCUGUCGUAAAGUAAUGUUAUGGAAUUAAAGCUGUCAUUACUUUCGUCACCCUU